UUCAACACUUUGCUAACCGCCUGAACUCGAAAUAUCAGCAAUUAAAUGAGUAAUAUAAUUUGUGUGUUUUCAUACAUUACCGAAUUUGUUGCCUAUAAAAGUUCUGAAUUGUUUUAAAAGGAACAAAUUGAAUUUAAAUGACUAAUUCGAACGUGAUGUGAACUUGUCUACAUGGAUCUUCGCAUUCGUCAUCAUUUAUCAAAGGCUCAGAAAAAUAAAGAUGUUGUGUCUCUGAAGAAAGCACAAGAGUUGAUUGGAGGGUCUGACUCUGGAUCAGUUCACUAUGAGCUGUGUGUGCUGUGUGCUGAAGUGUCUCUGCAGCUGGGCUGUAGGGAGAUCGCUCAGGACUGCGUUGUGAUGUUUAUGGACGGCAAACCUCCAGUGAAUCAGUUUCUGUGUCGUGCGUAUCUGUGUCAGGGUCAGCUCAUCUCCCAACACAACAUCACUACAGAGGAGGACUUGGAUAAAGCUGUGAUGUGCUAUCUGAAGGCUAUCGACAUCGCCAAACACAAACCCAGAUACGGUUUCUUGGUGUUCAACGCGUCGCUGUUGUACUUCCAGAGCGUUCGGUUGUUCCUGAUGCCCGGCCGGCGUCAGCUCCUCGUGUCUUCUCUCACACAGGUGCUCGAGGCUCUAGAGGAGGUCCAGGAUGCAGAUCACACGUGGAGGGCUGAACUUAUGACACAUCUUGUUGAAUGUCUGUUUGAUGCUGGGAAAGAGCCGGAAGCAGCUGCUUUGGUGAAGGUCACCUCAGAUUUGAUAGCAUCACAUAAAGCCGAGGUUUAUCCCAGACUGUUCUCUAUACAGGUCCGACACAACCUCAUAGAUGAGGACGACGUGAUGAAACAUAACGAUACAAAACUCCUUGUCAUUUACAACAUUCAAAAGCUUAAACGUAUGAUUGAAGUUAAUGAAAUAAGAGAUCACUUUGACAUACUAAAGGAAACUUUCCAUCUGCUGACAUCACAAAAUGCACAGAGCUCCUGUCCUCCACCUGACGCCCAGAGCUCCAGUCCUUCACCUGAAAAACAGAGCGCUGAUGCCCAGAGCUCCAGUCCGCCACCUGAAAAACAGAGCGCUGACGCGCAGAGCUCCAGUCCGCCACCUGAAAAACAGAGCGUAGACGCCCAGCGCUCCAGUCCUCCACCUGAUGCCCAGAACUCCAGUCCUCCACCUGACGCCCAGAACUCCAGUCCUCCACCUGACGCCCAGAGCUCCAGUCCUUCACCUGAAAAACAGAGCGCUGAUGCCCAGAGCUCAAGUCCUUCACCUGAAAAACAGAGCGCUGACGCCCAGCGCUCCAGUCCUCCACCUGACGCCCAGCGCUCCAGUCCUCCACCUGACGCCCAGCGCUCCAGUCCUCCACCUGACGCCCAGAACUCCAGUCCUCCACCUGAUGCCCAGAGCUCCAGUCCUCCACCUGACGCCCAGAACUCCAGUCCUCCACCUGACGCCCAGAGCUCCAGUCCUCCACCUGAUGCCCAGAGCUCCAGUCCUCCACCCGACACUGUCCACUCUGUUUUGGACCAAAGUUCUUAUAUGUCACUGGCUGACAGGAUUGAAUUGUUGUUGGAACUGUCUUUGGUGUCCCUGCGGUUAGACCAGCAUCAGGUGGCGUGUGACUGUCUGACGGAGCUCAGAAACACAGACGUUACUGUCAGUCAGCGUAUAAUGAUGGAGUGUGUGCAGUGUGAGAUCGACCUUAACAAGAACUCCUCCAGAUCCAGUGUGGAGAUGCAGAUACAGUUGAGUGUUGUAGUUCGAUUGGAUGCAUUAGUGCAGGCUGCGAUGAGAGAGAGAGAUGCUCGGGUGAUCCAGGCGGUGUGUGCGGCUCAAUGGAACACCUGUUUACCCCUCCUGCAACACAACCUGAGAAAAAAGAUCAAAAAACCUCUGCUUACCCUCGCUCGAGCACUGGAGACCACAGACAGUAUGCUGUUGGAUGUGUUAUGUGAUGUUCAUACCGUGUUGGCUGCUAUAGAGGAGGAUGAUGACAGACUGGAAGCUUCCAUGAAACAUGUGAAGAGAGCUCUGCAGCUGGAUCACAGAGGACUUCAGCCUCAUCAUCUCUCUUUCUCUUUACAUCUGCUGCAGCUGCGCUCAUCUCUCCACAGCUCACCUCAACGACCGGAGGACCGCACCGCACAGCUCAUACAACACACUGGACUUUGUGCUUGUUCAGCUUUCUCCAGCAUGAUGAAACUCAAGGAUCACCGUGGACACGGACUGGCUGAUAAAGCCCAGCAUUCAACACUGCUGCGUUCAAGAAGCGUCAGAAGGGUGAAGUUAUGGGCACUGCUGGUCAAGGCGGCAUGGACACAUGAAGUGUAUGAUGUGUGCCGUGCGGCCUGUCGCUUUUGUCUGCUGUAUGAUGAUGGACGAUGGAAAAACUCCAAUGAUGUCAGAGGAGAGACGGGUCAGAACCAAACACAUCAGAGAACACAGACGGAACUGAUACGUCUGCUGGCUGAAGUUCAUUUCAUCAACGCUCAGGUGACUGUGCUGAAGCUGCGCUCAGAGGGAGUGGACCUGAACGCCUGCGCUGUUCGAUCCGAGAGACGAGUGAAAGCCUCACCUGAGGACCACGCUCACUGGACCCUGUACAGUGAUUGGAUCAAAGACUUAUCGGCUUAUGCCACGGCUAACUUCCUGCGAGGGGCGGAGCUGGGGGCGGAGCUGGCCGAGGCCUGGUUGGUAGUUAAUGCAGCUGUGCACCUGUGGAACUACAACCGCUGGCUGCUGAAAACCAGAGGACACGGACUUCUGUUGCCCACAUACAGACGUUUAUUAGACCUCCUCAGACACACAGGGCAUGCUGGAGAGGUGGAUCUUCUGGUUCUGUUGUGUGACGCUGUGGCUCAGGGCCUCAUCACGUCAGCACAAGCCGAUCUUGAGACGCACGAGAGCGAGAGAGGAGUCACCCAGCUGCCAGAUGAAAAGCCGAAGAAAGGACGAGGGAAGGCCUCGGAGAAAUGCAGCUCCACACACGGGCCGCUGUUUGACACGGCCGUGACGCAGGACCUGAAGAAAGCUUUAGAGGUGUGUGAAUACGCUCUGCUGAUGUCCAAUGGAAACACAAAACUCGUGUCCAUGGAGGUGAGGAAGCAGCUCAUCUGCACAUGGGUGACAGUUAAACGGCUGCUUCAGCAACAGAUCGGACUCAAACUGGACAUCUGUGAUCAGAGUAAAAACGAGGCGGUGACGGCGAUGUCUCGUGUGCUGGUCGGUGUGGAGAUGAUUCAGUGUGAGAGAAACAGCAGACUGAUGGAGUUUAUAGUGCCCGCUGUGUCUGUGUUAGUUCAGAUGACGCAGGACUGUCAGUGGUCUGACUCUGUCGUGGAGUUGUACGUGUGGACACAGCUCGCCCUGUUCGCUCAUCAGACACGUGACCAUGAUCUGGUCAUGACCUGUACCCAUAAUGCACUGCAGCUGGAGCAGAGGAUGAAGAUAAACACUGGUGCUCUGUUGGAGGUGUGUUGUGUUCAGGAGAUGUUGUGCAGCGCUGCAUGUGUCAGAGGUCAGAGUUUGAUUGAUGGGGUCAGUGUUGAUUCCAGCAGAUAUGCGGAGGCUCUGGAGAUGCUUGAGUCCAGCGUGAGAUAUGCGGAGCGGGCGGGCUGCUGGUCUCUGUGUGUGACCGCAGCGGGUCACUACUGGAACUCCUGUCUGUGUCUACUGAACAUGAGACAGGACAGACGACAGCUGAGGAAACCUCUGGAGGUCAUUCUACAGGCCAUCAACAACACCUACAACAAUCACACGACUGGGAGAAAUAAAAGAGCGUCAGGAGUGAAAUGUGCCGGAGCUGUCAUGGACACACCAGAUUCCACCAGAAAUGCAGGUGAUGGUGAUGAUGUGAAGUUGUGGGUGUGUCUGUACAGCGCUCUUCUCUGUGUUCAUUCAGACUCUGGGGAAUGGAGGAGAGGUCUGCAGCUGUUAGAUGAGGCUGUCCGAGUGAUCCCACCCUCCACACAUCGACUUGUUGUGUUUAAGCAGCGUGCCCUGGUUAAAGCUCGGCUGGGAGAGAGUGUUGUGUUUGAUAUGAAGCAGAUCUGUGAUGAAGGUGACAUCAUCUGUUCUCGUAUGUGGCGGCGUGUCGCUCUCUGUGCUCAAGACAAACACCAGCGGCUGACCUUCUAUCAGAACGCCAUCACAACACUGCAGGGUUGUAGCAGUCAGUGGCAGAAGGUGGAGUUUCUCCUGGAGUUUGGUGAGUGGUUGUAUUUCACACAGUGUCCUGUGACUGACGCUCGUCUUCAGAUCGACUGGGCCAUAGACAUCCUGAUGUUCACAGACUCACAACAGACGCCUGCAGAUGCAGUGGACGCUGGUGAAGCGGUUCCUGCGACGUGUUUGAGAGUAAACGCUGUGGAGGCUGUGGUGCGUCUGUCUGACGUGAGACGUCUGGAGGGUCUGAUGAGAGCACACACACUGAUGGCUCUCACAGAGGAGAGAUCUUCACCCAAACGCCAGCAUCAUCUGCUCAUGGCCUGGAGCUUCACACUUCACAUCUGGAAGGUAUCCAUAGCAACGGCGCAGGAAGUGAUGAAGGACAUGUCGAGGAAUCGUUCAGUUGCCGGUCAGCCUGUGAUCUCCUCCAGGAAGGACAAAGAGCGACCGGAUGAGAAGAAGCUGAAGCAGUCGUCUCCUGUGGAGGAGAAGUCUGGAGAUAAAGCUCCAGAGAUCUGUCUUCCCAUCAGCCCCGAGCAGUGGGCUCAGUUCGAGUGUCCGGAGGAGAUACGACAGGCUUUCUGUUGCGACAGCGGCCCGUACACCAUCAACACCACCAGCGUCUGCAUGCAGAAGCGCACUCUGUUUUAUUUGGAUGUGUUGGUCAGAGAGUUGGAGUCGCUGUGUUUGACCCCGUUGACCUUUGCUCCUCUUCAUUUGGCAGAGGUCAUCGCUCAUGACCUCGCACAGAACAAGAGUCACUCUCAUGUCUAUCGUCUGAGGAUCAUAAAGAACUGUUAUGAGCUGGGCCUUCACUCUUCAUCUCCAUACCGUGAAGAACUUCAGAGUUUCACACACGUUCCUGAAGAUGAACAGACACGCAGUCAUAAAUCCAUCGUCAGUCAGAGAAACAGAACUCAACCUCCAUCUGACAGCAGCGUGAGAGAUGAGACGUCAGUGGAUGAGGGCGAUCAGGUGUUCAGAAGACGUCUCGGUAUCUGUCAGCUGUGUUUGGAGAAAGCUGAUGUGUGUCUCACUAUAAACCUGCAUGAAUCUGCCAAACCACUGCUGACACGAGCUCGCACGUUAGCUGAGGAACUGGGUGACCAGAUGUCAUUGGCUAAGAGCUUCCAUCUUCUGGCUGUUCUGGCCAAUCAGGAGCAGAGAUUCAGUGACGCUGUUGAUCUGAUGAAGCAGGCGCAGGAGUUUGAUGGAGAUGAAAACUUCUGGUACUCGCUGAUUCAGACGCUGCUGACAGCCGUAGCUGAACGGAGAGGACGAGACGCACAUCAUCAGGUGUGUGACAUCACAGCUCAGGCGUGCAGAAGCUUCAGAUCAGUGUUGGAGCAGAGACCGAACCGAGCCGGAGUUCUGCGUUUCUACAUCGCAUCACUAGAGAUCAGGUGCAGUCUACUUGAUCCAAUAAUCUCAUCUGACAGAGACUGCUACUCUUUUACUGUGUGUGUUCAUCUCUAUGUGUGUAGAGGUGCGGUUGUGCGUCGUCAGUUGCUGUGUGCUGAUGGCCGUGUGUCCUCACUGAGUGAUUCAUGCGUGGAGAUGUUAACAUGCGUCUGUGUGACGCUCAAACGCGCUGCUGCCGAAUUACUGCAGCUGGGCUACAGGACACACGCCGCAGACGCCACGCUAGAACACGCCAACACGCUCCGAAUCUUGGCUGUUGAUGCUGCGAGUGAAGAAGAGAAACAGCGCCACCUUCUGGAUUCAUUCUGCCUCAUGCAGACGGCCGUGUGUCUUCAGGAGGACGUCAUCGCUGAUGUCUCAAACAUUCUGCCACCUCAUCAGUCCGGUUGGUGUAACCUCCCGGCGGUGCGUGUGUGUGUGCGUCUGAGGCUGGCUCUCGCUGAUCUCGGUCUGAUGAUGUUGGAGAUUCAGUGUGCAGAUGAGAAGAGAAGAGCCAUCGCUCGAGACAUGAUGACAUCAGAGGAGAGAGCCGUCGAGGAGUUCAUGAGGAGCACCUCAGAUCUCACUCCACACCAGAGGGAGUGGGGUCAUGUUGGACAGAGUCUGGGUCAAGUGAUUCUGACUCACCUGACUGCUGUGAAUUCUCUCUCUCUGGACUGUAAAGAGACCAGAGCUCGCACGCUCGGCCUGAUGGGAAAGUGUCUGAGAGUUUUAUCUCAGCAGCGAGACCCGCUGUACCCUUCAACAUUGUGGGACGAGCCAAUCACGGAGCAUCACACCAGAGAGAGAGACCACGGUGAUGAACACACAACACACCUGAGAGACACCCAACAGACACACACUACACAACUGCAGAUGGCCAGGAGGUGUGCUCAGCAUCUGUUGUGUCAGGCGAGUGAGACUCUGCUUCAGUCUGUGAGUUUGAGUUUGCAGUCGAGUCUCACACACUUGAUUCCUGCUGUGUGUUGUGAUGUGCUGGAGUGUCACGGUCAGUUUGAGCCCAGCGUCAGCGGACAAUACCUCACGCUGCUUCAGAGCAGUUUGUGCUGUGCCGAGAUGUCAUCUGUCCUGCGUGCGGUCUGUUCUGAUAUGAGCACGGAUGUGAUCUCCAGCGCUGUGAGACGAGAGCGUGCGGGUCUCUCUCAGGUCUUCAGUCACCUGACCAUAAACCCAAAGCACAUGGGGAUUCUGGGAGAAAUGCCUCCAAACGUGAAGAUCCUGCUGCUCCAGCACUCACAGGAUGGAUGUGUGUUGUAUGGUGGUUUCUUUGAGAAGAGGAAAAGCACAGAGACUCAUAGAGGAAAGAGUGUCAACUCCACAGGUGGUCUGAUGUGCUCGAAGGUGGUGAAGGUCUCGGUUCAUCGCUCAGAUCUUCUGCAGCUCCACAAACACCUGCAGGAUUUCAGACUGCUGACUGCGCAGACGCACUCCACCUGCACACAGACAGAACACACAGAUGUGGAUGUUGUGUUCAGGUCACUGGUACAGGAGAUGGAGGACUAUCUGCAUCCUCUUCUUUCACAGUUUGACUUCUCAUGCUUUAGUGUGUGCUCUUCAUCUGUCUCCACCGCUGCAUCGGCCCGCAGCGCUCCUGAUAAACCUCAGCCCGAAGCGGGCGAGUGUGUGGUGAUUUUAGCGGACCGGAUGUUGUUGGAUCUGCCGUUGGAAGCUCUGGAGGUUUUACAGUCUGAUGGUGUCGUCUCGGUGUCUCGUGAUUUCUCUCUGCAGGUUCUUCAUGCACGUCUGCAGUCAGAUGAAGCAGUUGAAAGUGACAAUAAAAAGGAAGUUAAAGGUGGCCGAGGAGUCAAGGGACGAGAUCAAAGUAAAGACAUCAAAGCGGUGCCAGUCAAUCGAGUCCUGCCCCCCCACACCAUCCCUGUGGACACGCACCGCUUCAAAUAUGUAGUUACCGCCCAGCUGGAAGAUGAUGGAAAACAGACGGAGAGGAUGAGCCCGACAGAGAACAUGAGAGCCAUCCUCGACUCAUACACACCUCACUUUACAUCUCUGUGGAACGGUUUCAUCUGUGACCCCGAUCACACACCCAGUCUUACAGAUCUGGAGAAGCUGUUGAGUUCCUGCGGUGCUUUAAUCUACUGUGGGACAGAAAACGUCUUCUCUUGUGUCCCAGCAGACCGACUGGCCGCUCUCAACAUGUCCGGCUGUCAGAUGGUUUUUCUCUUUGAUUGUGGACAGAACAGAGCCGGUGUGCGGCAUCCGUCCACACAGGACAUGAGUGACUCUGUGAGGUCCAGGUUUGAAGGUUCUGUUGGGUCAGCGUCUCUCUUCACUCUCAUUGGUUGUCAUUCUGUUCUGCUCAAUCAGUGGAGCUGCAACGCUGCAGUCAACCUGCAAAACAUGCGCUCGCUUCUGGACAAUCUUCUCAGAAAAGGUUUGACAUCCGUCUGUCCAGGCUGUUCAUUGUUAUGA